AAUUGUAUUCUUAUUUGUAGUUCUAUAUGUCUUAAUCAGUCUAUACAUGCAAAUAAACUGUAUGCUUACUUUUGAUAAAGAUAUAGUGUGCUUCAUAUAUUUUUAGCACUUUUAAAUCCGUUUAUUUCAUAUUCUGUUUUUCACAGCUACAAAACAAUCAAAUUGAUAUAAACACAAGAGAGGAAAUAGAAAAAAUGAAGAGGGAUAGUCGAGCCAAAGCCAUGGAGGAAUUUACAGAGAAACUAGAAGAUGCUUAUAGUCAGAACCGACUAUUGAAGGAAAGGUUAGAUGAAAAAAUCAAUAAGACGAUGGACAUUAUGUGUGAGAAACAUGACGGUACUAUAAGCGCAUGGCUUUGCAUAGAUCAUGCAAUCUCUUUUUGCAAAUCUUGUAUGGAAAAAGAACAUAGGAAGUGUCCAGGGCUACGGAAAUGUACAGAAAGACAUACAUACGAUAAACCGGUAUCUAUUGUAGUAAAGGAGUCACUGAAACUAGGAGAUAGAAUAGUAACAUUAUGCGCACUACCUAAUGGAGAGUAUCUUGCACAGCUUGAGUCAAUGUACGGGUUUAAACUGUGUAAAUUCAAUAAAACUUUUCAUACUAUACUAAGUUGUGUUUUCAUCAACUUCCAAACAGCAGGCAUGUGUUACGUAGGUAACAAUGAAGUUGCUCUUAAUGAAAUUGACGACCAACUACGGUUUAUAGAUGCCAAAAACUUAAACAUUCUGGAACAAAAAGUUACUUUGAUAGAAAAAGUGCAACACUUGGCCUGUCAUGGGGAUAAGAUUUAUGCAUUUAAUGGCAGUACUAUCUUUUCUUAUACCAUUGAUGAAACAAAAGUACGUAGACUCUUUGUGCUGCCAGAAUGUACAAUAGUGUACAAAAAUAUGGGAACAAGUAUGACGGUAAGCGAUAAUGGUGAUAUUAUUUACUGUACAAAUGAGAAGCGGUCAUGUGGUAUCAAGUGA